GGCGCGCGGCGCGGUUCACCAGCAGAGGGGUUAACUCCCCGGGCCAGGGCCUGGGGGAGGAGGAGGGGGCAGACCCCGUGCUCAGACCCCGGGCUGGAGGCGUCCUCCUGUUGGCCUUCAAAGCCCGGCCCCGGAGCGGCGUGGAGUCAGGCCCCCCCCUGCCUGCCCUCUUCCCAAACAUGGUGACUUAACGGUUAAUGGGAGCCCGAGCGUCCCCCCGAACUUCCCCAGCAAGGGGCUUCCACCCUGCCUCCACCCCGCCCCGCCUUCAGGGAGCCCGAAAACAGAAAGCGCAGACCUCCAGGAUGGAGAGCAGCUCUGACGAUGUGUCCCGCCUCUCUCCCCAGAACCUGGGAUCCUCCUCACCAGGCAAAAAGCAGACCAAGGAAAACACCAUCACGAUAAACUGCGUGACAUUCCCUCAUCCGGACACGAUACCAGAGCAGCAGCUGCUGAAGCCAACGGAGUGGAGCUACUGUGACUACUUCUGGGCUGAUAAGAAGGACCCCCAGGGCAACGGCACCGUGGCUGGCUUUGAGCUGCUCCUGCAGAAGCAACUAAAGGGCAAACAGAUGCAGAAGGAGAUGUCAGAGUUCAUCCGGGAGAGGAUAAAAAUUGAAGAGGAAUACGCAAAGAACUUGGCGAAGCUCUCUCAGAACUCCUUGGCUGCGCAGGAGGAGGGGUGAGUGGGGAGGAGCAGGAGGCAGGGAGGUGAAUCCCAAGCAGACUCCGCACUCACCGCCCCCUCCUCUCCUGCCCAGCUUCACAGCGAGGUUGAGAAGCCUCUGAUGAACUUCCGGGAGAACUUCAAGAAGGACAUGAAGAAGUGUGACCACCACAUCGCCGACCUCCGUAAGCAGCUGGCCAGCCGUUACGCGGCAGUGGAGAAGGCCCGGAAGGCCCUCACCGAGAGGCAGAGAGACCUGGAGAUGAAGACCCAGCAGCUGGAGAUCAAGCUGAGCAAUAAGACGGAGGAGGACAUCAAGAAGGCGCGGAGGAAGUCCACGCAGGCUGGAGACGACCUCAUGCGCUGCGUGGACCUCUACAACCAAGCCCAGUCCAAGUGGUUUGAGGAGAUGGUGACCACCACGCUGGAGCUCGAGCGGCUGGAGGUGGAGAGGGUGGAGAUGAUCCGGCAGCAUCUGUGCCAGUAUACACAGCUGCGGCACGAGACGGACAUGUUCAACCAAAGCACAGUCGAGCCUGUGGACCAACUGCUUCGGAAAGUGGACCCAGCCAAAGACAGGGAGCUGUGGGUCAGAGAGCACAAGACAGGCAAUAUCCGCCCUGUGGACAUGGAGAUCUAGACGGGCACGCACGGCCCCGGGGGUCCUGUGAGGAGAGGGGCCGGGGGUCCCGCGGAGAGCUGAGUUGCAGCUGUCCUCUGCCCACUGUCCUGGUCCCCUGAGCUGGUGAUUCCAGAAAGGCGGCCCUGCCGGGAGCUGCCAAUGUCCCCAGGCCAAGAAGACGGGUCCACAGCCCUGCCCUUGUCCCCAAGGCUGAAGCCCCCCGAUUCCUGUCCUGUGCUUGCUGCUCCGAGAACAGAUUGAGGCUGGAACUUUAUGGUCCCUGCUGCGCCCCGUAGGGUCACAUCCCCACCCAGAGCCGGCUGCGUCGCACGCUUGUCUCCCUGGAAGCCCCGAGGCCCUUCCCCAAGCUGUGUCCCAGGCUUUGGAGGGUCGUGGGAAAAGGGUCCCCAUCUCCAAUCCAGGAAGAGGAUCAGAAUCGUGGAGAGAAGGCAUCAUUUAGCUCAACAGCCCACACCCAGAGCCUUCUGCAGCCGCCCUCUUUACUUUUCUUUUCCCUGUUGCAUUCUGGGAGCCCACAUCCUGGCUCUCCUCUGCCCCUUUCCAUCAUCUGCGGUCUUGGGAAUAAGGCCUGGCUCUUCUCUACCCAGACUGACCUGCCUGGAGAGGUCAGGACGGAACUACCUCAUUCAGCACAUCAGCCCCAAGUUCAGAGCGUUGAGUCGCAUUUUAUAUUUGGUCCAGCAUCUACUGUCCAGUCUCUGGGCUGGAAACCUCCAUCCAACCCAACCCCUAAGCCAUCUCCUCAAUGAAAGCCCCGCCCCCACCCCCGCCCCUUCCCAGGUUCUUCAUGGGGCUGGGUCAGUCCCCCAUGGGCGAUGGGCUGGGCUGGGUCUUUGCCAUCCCCCAGAUGGCUCUAGCUCCUUGUACACGGGGCAGGGGGGUGGGGUGGGGGGCCUGAGGGGGUGGAUGACCCUCCCUCCAAACCCCCCCACCAGCCAUCCACCAUUCAGCUUUCUCGCCUUGGUGGGCACCAUGCAGGCACAGCGGCCGGUCCUGGCUUCCAGACGGUGCCCUGCCACCUUGGCCUCUGCGUCUGCACGUUCUGGAGCCCCGCAUGGAGCCCACCUUCCCCGUCAGCCAUCCCCUGAUUCGGGCAAGGCCAGGUUGGUGUGUGACUUGGGAAGCUUCCAGCCUGGCCCAUGGGGUCCUCGCGCAUCAGCCUCUUCCUUUAUAGAAACGCAGGAGACACAUUGGGUACCAUCAGACUCUGAGAACCCAUCGGCUCCAGGGGAACCCAACAAUGGCCCCUGAAGGUGGCCAUGGUCACACGGCCAGCAGGGGGCAGAUUCUAGCCCAGAACCCAUGCCCUGAGAGCCCAUCUUUCUUAGCUCAUCCUUCCCUUCGAUUACUUUGGACGUGCAGGGCUCAUUCGCCCCCCACAAGGUCAAGAGCACAACCCACUGGUCCCUCGGUCCCACACGCCAGGAACUGAUGACUUCCUCAUCUUGAAUCUUUCUGCACCUCUUUCACUGAUUCAGAGUUGUGUCUUCAUAGCUCAUAGUAGAAAGAUGCUGACUAUCCUUGAGCGAGCCAAGCUUGGGCAACCCGGAAAGGUCAGCGUGAAAGCCUUCCCCGACACGAAAGUGUGAGGGUGGGCCUCUCCCCGGCACGGAGGACCAUGGCUUCCAGAUCUGGGGUUGGUGCCCGUGACACCAGCAACCGAUUUUAGGAUGUUAUUUCUUGGUUUCUCUAUUCAAAAUGGGUGCUAGCGGUAAUUGCUCUGUGGCUUAGCAAACUAAUCUGUGGGUGACUUUCAAAUGUUCAAAGCCAAUAGCCUGUUAUUAACACAGAUAUUUUGAGUGUGAUACGGCUCAUUGAUUUUGUUUUCUCCUUCCCAUCUGAGCAUUCCCAAGUCUUCUGUUGCUCCCCAGGAUGAGGGGAGGGUCUCUUGCCUCUUCCAGGGGAGGCUGAUUUGGCCCUGUGGGGGCCGGUCUGUUUUCUGGAAUCAUUCUUCCCCUCCACCCCAUCCCUCACAUACAUACUUCUUCCCUCUUCCUUGCUCUUUGUUUUCCUCUCCUCCGUUCAUCGAGAAUUCAUCGAAGGCUGAGCAGUUGCCGAGAUCUGGGGACAGACAGAGCAGAGGGAGCCCGUGAUCUUUGAAGAUUCUGUAGAUGUAGUUUUUUUCACUGGGAGUCAUGCAAGUCCGUGACCUUGGCAUUCACACACAAGUACUCUCUGCAGAAUUGAGGUUUCCUGAGAUACUGUUAUGCUGGUAGAUCUGUGUUCGUUCAUUCAUUCACUCACUCAUUGUUUAUAGAGCAGAUACUUGGAAUAAAGCAGGCAUUGUAUGGGGUGCUAGGAAUGUCACUAUAGGCAAGAAAGGCGCUCUUUCCCCAGCCCCUCUAUGCUCCAUGUAGACAAGGGGCUCCUGAGGUCUUUCCUGCUCCCCAUUCAACCCACCGGGAGUCUGUAUGAGAACACAGAUGGCAUUUACCAUCAGAUGGAAGGUGGACAGGUGGAGAGUCAUAAGAGCGUAACCCUCUGGUCCCCAGAGCCUGCAGCCCGUAGCCGACUCGGAUUUCAGAGAUCGCUCUCGUUUCUUCUAAAUAACUCUCCUCGCUUCACAAAGCGGAGUACUGAGGCCCAGGGCUGGCCGGUGAGCCCAGUGAAUGAAGAGAGGGGUCUGUUAGGGCUCCUGCUCUGGGGAAACGGAGCUUGGAAGCCCGGCUUUGGGGCAGCCCUCAAGCCGCUGUGGCUGUUCGGUUUUGUUGUACACGUUUUGGCGUGCGGGCUCGACGGGGUGCAGCGGGGCUCACUCAGCACAUGUCUGAGAUAUUCCUGAGAGAAUCUGUUCCCUUUCUCGGAACCGGUGAUCCUUCCCCCUGCCUCCUGGGAGACACGGAGACACACAGUUAUGUCUGUGAAAACCAGAUUGUGUGUGUGUGGAGGGGGAAUCUCCCGAAGACAAAUGGUGUUCAGAGUCAGCCGGUUGUCACGACGGUCUCUGGGAGAAACGGCUUGCUCCUUCCUUGCGUUUUUUUUUUUCCUAUCGCUUUCCAUCAGUAUUGCAAAGCGCUGGCCAACUGAGCCAUCGGGCAGCAGCCGUCAGGACCCCGUAGGGUCUCCUUCCCACCUCCACCCCCCGCCUGUCAGGGCAGGAGGAUUUCUUCAGCGGGAGACCCUUCUCAUGGGGGCUGGUUAACGGCAGGAGUGGACAGAAAACACCGCACACGUGCACAAAGUAGGGGUUUCUGGUCGGUUUGUGAGAACCAGUCAGUUACUGGAUGAGCGGACGGGUGCCUGAGCAUCUCGGCUGAGCCAAAGUCCCUUCUUGGAAACACAAGCCAUAAACUUCAAAGGACGUCAAAGGCUUUGGCUCACGUAAGUGAUUUUGCGUCCAGCCGUGAGUGGCCUUGACAGGAUUUUAGGCAGGACCCUGCAGACCGUGCUGGUGGUUGUGUAGGUCAGGGAAGCACUUUAAAGAUAAGAGGUGGGGGACAGAUCGGCAUAUCCCCCCACAGUCCCCUCACCCCUCCAAGACCUACUGCCCUGUCUUCUUCUCCAGGUUUAUUGAGCAGUAUUUGACAUAACAGUGUUUGGGUUCCUUGACAGGUAGUGAAAUUCACCAGGUUCCCUGGACUUUGACAAACGCAGUCUUACAACCACCAUCCAAAUCAACAUCAUAUUUCCACCCCUCUUGGAAAUUCCCUCCGGCUCCCUUAUGGUCCCUCCACUCCUCUCCCCCCCCCUCACUGACGGAUUUUCUGACUCUACGGUUUUUGCAGUUUUUGCCUUUUCUAGAGUGUCGGGCAAACAGAAUUGCUGCUGAGUGGCCCUCGAUGCGGCUUCUUCCUCUCCGCUUAACCCGUUGGGUCACCCACGUUGUGUGCAUGUCACUAGCGUGUGCCCUCUGCCACAGAGUAGCGCCCCGUUGCACGGGGGACCUGGGGCCGCUUUCUGGCUUGUGAAGUGAGUUGUUUGCCCUGGAGGUUCCCGGCCCCGGGCUCUCCAGCUUGUUGGCACGGCUGCUUCCUUUGCCUUCCGAGGCUCCUUUUUUAGAUGCCAGCUGUGCCCACGGUGGUUCUUUGUGGUUUGUUUGAAGAUUUUGUGCAGAAAGUGGGGAGGGAGGGGUGCCUCCACUUCUGCUGCACUCUGAGGCGUGCACCUUGGCUGUUAGAUCCACAUGGGGGCCCUGGCUUCAACCCCCCGCAGCCUCGGGCAUGCGCUGAGCAUUAGGGGGCAUGGAAGGUGAGCGGGCAGAGUGUCGGUGAGAACACGGGGCUGGCCUUGGGCUCGUCACGACCGUUCCCCGGACCUCUGUUGCCUCGUCGGCUGGCUGCAGGUGUGUCCGUGUCUCUCCCCUUCAGCUAUGCACAUUCUCUCUCCUCCUUGUCUCCACUCCUGUACCCGACCCUUGGUCGUGCUUGGCCCGGGCCCCGUGGGCUCGGUUGCGCAUCGUCUGAAACCUGCACGAGAGGGACGCCCUGCACUUCUCUGUUUAGACACAAGUGGAGCUGAAAGCAAACAGUUUCCUGAUCUGGGGGGAGAAUGAGGUGGUGCCCCCCGGGGCCCCUCGAGGAAGCAGACAGAAGUCACUACCUUGACCGCGUGUCCUGAGGUUUUCUUCCAAGGAGCCAGGACGGACAUGAAGACAGAGCCUCCUUCUUCCUGUCCUUGCUGGAGUCUCACUUAGGGGGCGGUCGCACCAAGACCAGCGUGUGCAGGCAGCCCACUGGGUGGUGGCCGCUGGUGACAGGGAUGGACCCAACCCCGCUGACACCGGGCGUGCUGUGACCAUGACCCCCGAGCCAGUGACUCCACCAGGCCAUGUCUCACUGAGGUCCCACUCGAUGAAGGGUGAGCCCUUGAAGGCAACCGGGAGGCAUUCCUGGGUCCAGACCUGGUGAAGGUGGUGGCCAUGGAGCCCAAGUCUGCAGGUCCCAUGCUUACUGGGUGCGUCCGGGUCUAGAUUUUCCAGGAGGGACUCUCCCCCUCCUCCUCACCCCCACGGAAGAAUUAGUUUUGUCUGGACUUUCUUGAAGGUGAAGGAUCCGCUCCUGUUGGAGCAGGGUUGAGUGAAAGUAAGACCAGUAAUGAGAACUGAGGUUUCGUUUUCUUUUACCCUUUAGAUGCCGGGGCGCAGCUCUGUCUGGAGCCUUUCUGUGGGGCGGGGCUUCUGAGGGAGACCAGUGGCGAUGGAGACAUUGACCUUGAUGUUUGAGGGAUGUUCCUAAUCGGAUCGCAGUGGUUCCUAAUCGGAAUGCAAAAGGUCCGGGCACACGGGUGCUGUCAUGGGGACAGUGUGACAUGGGGACAGAGAAGGGAAGCAUAUGAUGCCAGGGCAAGAGCACGGGGAUGGCCCCACUCUGCCGCCCCAUUGGUCCUGUGACCCGAAGUGAAGUUAUGUUCCCUCCUGGGGCCUCUGUGCUCACCUGCAUCACACAUGCAGCGGACUAGCUGUCAGGAGCCGUGACCUCCAGGCAGCCAUGUGGACCCGGGAGCAGUCUAUAAUGGGACACCAGCCAUCCUUGGUGACCAGGGGGCGGGCUUCCCAGAUUUGCAUCCCUUCCCUUCCCUUCGGAAGAGGAGAUGGGGCGGGGGGUGGGGGGCAGCCCUUGCACAGACGAGCACAUCAGCAAAGCCCAUGACAGUGGAAUUUUCUAACAAAAUAAACUUGCUUAUUUGGUCUGUUUUCUGUAACUUUUGCUAAAUACUUUAUACAUUUUUAAUGUUAAAAAAAAAGCCGUGUCUCCUGCCAGCAUUGCUCAUCCUGGUACGAAUGUGUUUACCCCACAUUGUAUAUCCUUCCUUCCUCUGGCUGCCUAGAUCAGUAAAUAACAUCGAUGUACCAUAAUUUAUAAGUAACACUGUUGAAACUCUGAUCCCUAUGGAGGCUGUAACCUGCCCUUUCCCCCGGUCCCCUCGCUGCCCCUCCAUCCCCCGUAAUAGCAUUUGUGUGUAUUAAUGCUAAAGAACUAAAUGUUUAAAGGGUUUAAAUUUUGAAGGCAUUUGCUAUAUAUAAUUGUUCUGCAUUAUAUAAAGCAUUUUCAGGAAGUUAAA